AUGGACUCUGGAACUCGUGAGCCCCAUAGUUUUCUCAAACGCUUGUCCCGGCAACUCAAAGCCUUUGAAUCCAACUAUCCUUCCUAUGAUGACCUCCAGAGGUUUGGAAUCCAAGUAUCCCAAGUCGCGACGGUGAACGACGAAAAAAUCCUAUUCGACCCAUGCUUUUUCCAUCCACACCCAGACAGACUCCUCCAGAAGUAUCCAGUCAGCCUCAGUCCCGAAGAAAAUGAGAAACCACCCAGAAUGAGACUAGUUCCAACUUUGGAUGAAAUUUUAGAAGAUUGCCAAGAGGAGUAUUCGGACCCAGAAGAAGUACAGGAAGCGGUGGAGGCUCAAAUAGAGGCACUUGAAAACUUACAAUAUCACGAGGACUGGUACAUGCAAGGCCUAUCGAUACACGAGUAUAUGGGCUGGCAGCUUCAGGUGUCCAGAAAUAUUCAACCAGGGAUACGUUGCCUUUGGGACCUCGGAGACCAGGAAUUUUUCUAG